UUCUAUUUAUUGCCUCUAUAGAAGGCAAAAUGAGCUGGAUUGAGGAGAGCAUGAGCGCAGUAUGAGGAAGAGUUGUGUUGCAGAUGAUGGUCACUCAGAUCCCAAGGCAAUGCUGUUAACACAAGUGGGUCUCUACCAUUGAAGAGCAACAGCUUUCCUAGCAAACACUCCUGUCUAUUCUGGCAUGGCCACACAAUCCAAAGAUCAGUAAAAUACAUCAGCUCUUCUUCUACAGUUGUCAUGCAUCUAAAUGGAGGAAAAGAGAUUAAGCUGCCCACCUUAUCUUUUGUUCAAAGGAUGAGGUGAAAGAUUGCCAGCAUGUGUUUAAAUGACCCAGAAAUAAAGACUCUGUGAGAGCAAUAAACGACACCGAGGCAAAUCAAAACAAAAUCACAUCCAUUUGAUUAGCAGGGUCUAACUGGAAAAAGUAUUUUGUCUUGAACACUUUGACAUUAAUUUAUAUGUGAUUUUCUAUUUAAAAAACAAAAUCAAUUUGGCCAAAAAAAAAAAAAAAAGAGGUCAAAUUGGCAUUGUUUCAUUUCACAAAGAGAAAACUCCAUUGCAUCCAAUGCAUCCUUCAGUGCUGGCAAAACCCCAGGCUCGUAUAACAAAGCCUUGGGGGGAAAAGAAUACAAAGCCCAAACCACAGACCCGCCUUGAGAAUGCAGAGCUGAAGCCUCCCAUAAACCAUGGCCAAAGUUUCCCAGGGUGAGGUCUGGGAAUUUGGGAUCAGAAGGGAUGUUCUGAGAUGUGAUCACAUGCAUUUGUCCGUUUUGUUUUAUGGAAAGGUAAUCUGCAAAUAAAUGCUGCAAUAUGAAGGGCACUAUUCCUGCUUUGUGGCACUGCAGGGUGCUGAGCUCUGAUGUGUUGCAGCUGUAACCCAGGCACAGCUGGUAAGGAAGGGCAGGGGGUGGGAAACAGAUGGGAGAAGCAGUGCUGGGAUCCCCCUCCCAGCUGGGGAAAGGUAUUUAAGUUUAUGUCCUCUGGUUGGGUGCCUGUUUGAUCUACUUUGGGUCCUCUCAGUAGGUCUCUUCUUGUCCAUGCACUGCAGGUGGUGACCUGCUUUUGUGGGAUGCUUGUGUGCCUGGGUGUUGCCCUCAUCUCUCCUUGUGCCCGUUUGCUGAUGGAUGUGCUGCUUAGAGUUGGUUUUCUUUGUCCUGAUGAGAACAGAGCAGCAGACCAGAAGGGAAGCAAAUAGAGAAAGAAAAUGUAGCAGUGCUCUACUGCAGAAUGAGCUUUGGUUAAUGCUUCAGGUUGGAUACUGGGAAGCAUUUCUUCUCUGGGUGGUGAUGCAUUGGCACAGGCAGCCCAGCUCAUGUCUAUUUGUGGCCAGUGCGUGGACGCUAUCUCAAGGGAGAGCUGCAAGCUGGGUGAAGACUGUGAAGCCAGUAUCUCACCUAGUGCGUUCAAUUAGUCAGACCCGGAGCAUCCCUCAUGACAAAGACACUGAGUUUUGCACUUAACCUGUCCUUGAAAUCCCUGGAUCUUUGAUGUUUGUUGGGUGAGGGGCACCAGGGUACAGAGUCCUCCCUGUGACCAUCAUGGAGCCCAGAGCCCACAGUCAGCAGGAGGCAGCUACCACAUCUAGCAUGCAGAAAGCAGAAAGCAUUGCCUCUGAGUUAAAUGAUGCUUUGCGAUAUGGCCAGAGGGAAAAGGUGCUGGAGCUGCUGGAGAAUGGGGCAGAUGUGAAUUCCAAAGUAGAAUCUGGAUGGACACCACUUCACAGUGCUGUACAAUCUGGUGACAAGGAGAUGGUCCAACUUUUGCUGGCCAAAGGUGCCCAUCCACAUGCCAGGAAGGAUAAUGGUGGCACUGUGUUUAUUGAGGCAGCCAUGGUGGGAAACGUGGAAUUACUGGAGCUCCUUUUUGAUUAUGGGUUUAACAUUAAUGACAGCGACAAUAAUGGAUUCACUGCUUUCAUGGAAGCUGCUUGGUAUGGAAUGGAGGAUGCCUUGAGGUUCCUGCAUAGCAAAGGAGCAGAUGUGAAUUUGCAGAGGACGGCCAGUGAGGAGAAGAAGAAACUGAACAAGGGAGGGAAGACUGCACUGAUGGAUGCUUGUUUGGGUGGCUACUUCUCAGUGGUAAAAACUCUUAUCCAGGAGAUGGGGGCUGACGUGAACAUCUGUGACAAUGAAGGUAGGAAUGCCUUGAUCCACACCCUCAAGGAUUGUGAAAGGGGAAAAAGUGAGUCAGAUGUCUUUGAGAUAGGCCGUUUCCUGCUAGACUGUGGUGUUGAUGUCAGCUGCAAAGAUGAAGCUGGCAAAACUGCCCUCAUCCUAGCUGUUCAAAGGAAGAACACAAGUUUGGUGAAAGCUCUGUUGGACAAGGAUGUCAUAAAUAUUGAUGAUGCAGGCGAGGAUGGCCAAACAGCUCUGAUGGUGGCUGUAGAGAAAAGCGCUUACGAUAUAGCGGAGAUGCUGUGUGAAAAAGGUGCAAGGACUGACGUUGGGGAUCUUAUUGCUGUUGCAAAUAGGAACCGUGCUACUGAAAUGGCACGCCUUCUUCAGAAGUACAACGCCAGGUUUGUUUCCACAAAACCUGACAACUGGGAGCCAAAGAGCAAAUGUUGGAGGCGCCAGCUGCAAAGUCUUCAUGAUAAGUAUCGCCCCAUGAUUGGCAAGUUAAAGGUAUUUGUGCAUGCGUCCCAGAGAAUUCUGAGCACUUCCCAGGGUAACAUCUACCUUGGGCUCUAUGAUGGGAUGGAGGUGGCAGUAUGGGCAAACCGUCAUGCAAAAGGGAUCGAGGAGAAAGCAUUCCUUGACCAAUGUGGGAGCUGUGAACAUCUACUGAAACUCUUCCAAUCUGAGCAAGAAAAGGGCUGCAUGUAUUUGUGCUUUGCUCUCUGGGAGAAAAACCUCGAAGAACACCUGCAGGACCCAGAUGACCAAAAGGAUUACAAAGGUAUCAUGAAGAUGAUCUUCCAGGCAGUGAGAGAGCUGCACUCACUUGGGUUUGCUCACCAGGCUCUACAUCCCAAGAACUUCCUUCUAGAUUUAGGUGGCAAAAUUUACUUGGCAGAUUUUGACGGCACCAGAAAGCUGACUGAAGGCAAAACAGAACUUAUCAACAAAGACUUGGAGAACCUCAGCAAGCUCAUGCUGUAUGUUUUAACAGGGGGUAGGAAACCCCUUAAUGAAGUCAGUACUGAGGAUAUGGCUUCAGGUUCCAUGGAUUAUGAGGAGGCUUUGGACCUUAUUGAUAGCCUGGCUUCUCAUGAUGAACGUGGCUUGGAAGGUCUGAGUGAGCACCCCUAUUUCUGGAGCAAACAGAAGAAGUUCAACAUGCUAAAGAAUAUAUGGAAUAAAAUCAAAGAUCUGCCUCGUAAUGAUAAAAAGGAUGCUUUUGGCACUCUUAAUGCUGGAAAAUCUAUUCCUUACCCAAACUGGACUAAGCAGGUUGAUCAAGAGAUUCUGAAGAUCAUGACAUAUCGCAGUAAUGGAAAAUUCUACUCAACAAAGAUCACAGACCUAUUGAGGUUCAUCAGAAAUCUGGAUGAACACCCUGAUGAGAGGAUCAGUGAAAUAGCAGGUGACUACGCUGAGUAUUUCCUGAAGCUUUAUCCCAAACUGACCAUUUUUGCCUACAACCGUUUACGCCGGCAUCCCAGAUACAGUCACUACAUAGACAUUCUAGACCCUUCUGCAUAGGAGGCCAUUGCCUCACAUCCCAUGGAUGAUCCCACUUUCUCUGCCUCCUUCAGCUGUAAAAGAGUUGAAGAAAGUGGGUAAGGAGAUGAGAGCACAGGCAGGGAUGGAGCAUAGAGGACUUGGCCUGAGAGAAUGGAAUAUGGAAGCGUUUGGUGUAGGAACCACGGGCUUGGGAGGGGAGCCACACUGAGUAUUAGCUCAGUGACUUCCCCAUCCCUCUGGGCUGAACUACCCCUUGGAGAUGGAGACCUUGUGGCAUCCUGAUUGUCCCAGGGGCUGCUUGUUUCUCUGUGAACAGCUUUCAGGAGGUGGCACAAUGAUUAUAUAAGCACUUAAGAAUAUUUUCUAGCUGUUGAAUGGGUUUUUAAUGCUGUGAAAAAGUGCUUGGUGUUCUAUUAGCCUAUGCAGAGCCAAACUGGGAAUAAACUUUCUUGGAGAACUGA